AGCUGAGGGAGGCAGGACACAGAAAUCUGUCCAAACCAUCGCCCCUCCACCAUCCAUCUGCUCUGUCUCCACUGCCUACUGUGCUCCUGGCUGCUAACACUGUAUGACUAGUUGGUUGUAUAGUGGCACCCCUGUAACCCGCUAUGUGGGGAUAUAGACAGUCUGUGCUCCCCUGGCUUCUAUUCACAACAGCGGUGAUGGCAAACAGCAAGAUAUUCGGAGAUACAGACCAUGUGCGGAUGAUUUCAGAAGGCUCAGACUGUCGCUGCAAAUGCAUCAUGAGACCCUUGAGCAAAGAGGCCUGCGCCCGUAUUAAAGAUGGAAAAAUGCAAGUGGAAGAUUACUAUGCAGUCGAGACAGUGAGUUCAGGAUCAGACUGCAAGUGUUCCUGUACUGCACCCCCCUCAUCUCUCAACCCUUGUGAAAAUGAAUGGAAAAUGGAGAAAAUAAAGAAACAGGCCCCUGAGUUAUUUAAGCUGCAGUCUAUGGUUGACUUAUUGGAAGCAACUUUGUACAGCAUGGAUCUUAUGAAAGUACAUUCCUACAUCAACAAAGUUGUGUCACAGAUGAACACUCUGGAAGAGACCAUCAAAACGAAUUUAACUCGUGAAAAUGACUUCAUGAAGGAGAGUGUGAUAAACCUUUCCAAUCAAAUGAAGAAAUAUGAUAACUAUUCUGAUAUUAUGAUGAGUAUCAAGAAGGAGAUCUCCAAUUUGGGAUAUCAACUGCUUCAAAAGGAUGCACCAGAAAACAAAGUGCAGGACACAGCUGGAACAAAAGAAAUCAAGCAUUCAACUGGCAAGAAAAACUCCGGGGAGAAAUUACUGUCUAAAGUGACAAAGGAGAAAGUUCAAAAAUCCAAGAAAGAGAGUAGCAAAGCCAAACCAGCUUUGUCUCAACCAACCCAGAGACCUAGAGCACCUAUACUGCAACAGCACCCUGUAGUUAUUCGAGGGGUCACCUAUUAUAAGGCAGGAAGACAUGAAGGGGCUGAAAGCAUGCCAAACAAUAGAGAAAACAUUGGAAGGUUGACAAUACGAGGAGAAAAACAAGAUAGCAAAACAGAGGGAGACAUCAGAGAAAUCGUUCAAGAGGAUAAGACUAUAGAGAUGACUGCAGCAACCACUACCACCUCCACAACACCUGCUACAACAACCACUAGAACCAAAAGUACCACAACAACAGCUAAAACUACCACUACUGAAUAUGUACCAGCAACAGUUUUAUCCACAGAUCUUGGACCUGAAGUAGGCAACAAUAAUAAAGUCAGGGAAGGCGCAUGUGAGAGCACCAUUGCUUCAGUUGAGGCACCAAAAAAGCAUCACAGUUACGGCCGCAAUGAAGGUGCCUGGAUGAAAGACCCUGCAGCAAAGGAUGACAGAAUCUACAUCACCAAUUAUUACUAUGGCAAUAAUCUAGUGGAGUUUAGAAACCUAGACAAUUUUAAACAAGGUCGAUGGAGCAACUUGUACAAGGUCCCUUACAAUUGGAUUGGUACAGGGCAUGUUGUAUAUCAAGGAGCCUUUUACUACAACAGAGCUUUUACAAAAAACAUUAUCAAGUAUGAUUUGAAGCAGCGUUUUGUAGCAGCCUGGACACUCCUCCACGAUGUGGUAUAUGAAGACACCACUCCAUGGAAGUGGAGAGGUCAUUCUGAUAUUGACUUUGCUAUUGAUGAAAGUGGCCUCUGGGUCAUUUACCCAUUUGUGGACUACGAUUAUGCUCAACAAGAAGUCAUUGUCAUCAGCAAACUUGACCCCAAUGAUUUAUCUACAAAGAAGGAGACAACAUGGAAGACUGGCCUGAAACGGAAUUCCUAUGGAAACUGCUUUAUUGUUUGUGGAAUUCUGUAUGCUGUGGAUGUGUAUAACCAAAAAGAAGGGCAAAUUUCUUAUGCUUACGAUACUCACACAGAUACCGAAGCAGAUCCAAAGUUGCCUUUCAUUAAUGAAUAUGCCUUUACAACACAGAUUGACUACAAUCCUAAAGAGAAAGUACUAUAUGCUUGGGACAAUGGGCACCAGUUGACAUACAAAGUGAACUUUGUUGACUGAUUGGAUUGAUAGCUUGUUAAAACAUAGAUCAAGCCUAUGCAAAGAGUGCACUUUUAAGAAUCAAUUAAAACAAGUUGCUUGGGGAGUAACUAAAGUAUUAUACUGGGAGUCAGAUGAGGUUUAGCUAUGAAAAGUUUAAUGGUUCAGUAACAUGGUAUGUGACUAAUGCCUUGUCAUGAAACUAAACAAUACUUUGGAUGUGUGAAUGGACAUGGAAUGAAUGCCCCAUAGUACAAUACAAAGUCUAUUUAAUUGUCAGCCUUUUGACAUCCUAUAUUUUUUUAGCUUACCCUGAUGAAAGCAGUUGAACAGAUGUAACACUUGGGAUCAACUAUGCAUUUAAAGGACCACCAAAGUCACCCCCCGCCAUUUUAUUAGCUAUUAGCCUUUAAGUGAUUGUAUUGGUAAAGUGAAGUUUAAGUGCAGUGUUUUGUGUUUUAUCCAUUUUUAUUCACUAAGGGACCUAUUUAUAAAAUAUUCAUCGGAUGUCACAGAAAUUCCUCCAGGUCGCAUGACUUUUCCCCAUAUAUUCACUAACACCAUAGCCUUCUAUGAUCAGCUUCAUCUAGUAGCCAAAAUUCAGUAUAUUUUUCUGAAUUACCGCAAGAAAAAAAAAUGCAUUUUGGCCACUAAAUAAAGCUAGGAAGUCAUAGUAUUACAGAAAAUAUGAUUAAAAUGUAUGCAGCUUGGACAAAUGCUUUUGACAUUCUUCCAACAAAUGUUUUAUAAAUAGACCCAUAGGUGUACAUAAAGCUGAUCAUGUAAUAUAUUUAGGUUUGAAAAUAUUUGAAUUAUUUUCCAAUUAGAAUGGGUAGCCUAUUUUUUGGUUUUUUUUAAAAACCUUUCCUGAGAGAAAUCAGUAGGCUGCAAUUUCUAGCUUCUCAUUCUUCAUACUGUAUCGGUUGACAUUUUGACUGAUUGUGGCAUCGGUACUUUGAGUCACAAACCCAGAACAAGUAUGCAGAUAAAGGGGCAGAUCCACGUACCUUUGCGCCGGGUGCAGC